UGCGUCGCGCGCUCACGUCUCAGCGUUCAAAAAAUAACAAUAAAUAAACCAGGCUCGAGGCGGUGACAGGCGCGUGCCUGCAGCUCGGUGCGCACUAGCCGCGCGCAAGACGCACUGUUCCGCGUGAGUAUUUUCUACUCACUGACACGGACGGAUUUUCACCGAGGCUGAGAUUCUCACGUGAAAAGCAGCGAUAAAAUAGCCCAGGGCUACGGAUCCAGGGUUUAGCCCGAGCUCUCCCCCAAGAGAGCAGAAGAAGAGCAGCACCUGACAGACAGAAAGAGAGGGCGAGAGAGAUCAGCGAGCCAGUGUCUUCACUCGCACAGAGGGAAGGAUGGGAGAGAUGGACGAUGAGAAGGGCCGGGCAGGGAGGAUGUUUGAGACCUUCGUCCAGACGUCCACCUGUAAGUCCACCCUGCAGGCCUUUAACAUCAUGUGCACAUACCUGGAGCUGGAUCCUCUGGAGCAUGAGUCCUUCUACAGCAACCUGAAGAGCAGACUGACCUGCUGGAAGGCCAAAGCGCUGUGGAGCAAACUGGACAAGCGAGCCAGUCACAAGGAGUACAAGAAAGGCAAAGCCUGUGUAGGCACAAAGUGCUUGAUAAUCGGAGGAGGACCCUGUGGCCUGCGUACUGCCAUAGAGCUGGCCUUUCUUGGUGCCAAAGUAGUGGUGAUCGAGAAGAGAGACACAUUCUCCAGGAACAAUGUUCUGCACCUUUGGCCCUUCACCAUCCAUGACCUCAGAGGCCUCGGGGCAAAGAAGUUUUACGGCAAGUUCUGUGCAGGCGCCAUUGACCACAUCAGUAUUCAACAGCUCCAGCUCAUGCUCCUGAAGAUCGCUCUGCUUCUAGGGGUCGAGUUCCACAUCAACGUGGAGUUUGUAAAGCUUUUGGAGCCUCCAGAAGACCAGGAAAACGAGGGGCCUGGUUGGAAGGCGGAGAUCCGGCCGUCAGAUCACCCUGUAGCUGAAUUUGAUUUCGAUGUUGUGAUUGGGGCUGACGGGAGACGUAACACACUCGAAGGUUUCAGACGGAAAGAGUUCCGCGGGAAACUGGCCAUCGCUAUUACGGCCAACUUUAUCAACAGGAACACGACAGCAGAGGCCAAAGUGGAGGAAAUCAGUGGCGUGGCCUUCAUCUUCAACCAGAAGUUCUUCCAGGACCUCAGACAGGAGACGGGCAUCGACUUGGAGAACAUUGUGUACUACAAAGACAACACACACUACUUCGUCAUGACGGCUAAAAAGCAGAGUCUUCUGGAUAAAGGAGUCAUCAUCCAUGAUUAUACCGACACAGAGGCUCUGCUCAGCAGUGAGAACGUCAACCAGGAAGCUCUGCUACACUACGCACAGGAGGCUGCUGACUACGCCACGCAUUACCAGCUGCCGACCCUGGAGUAUGCCAUGAACCACCUCAACCAGCCUGAUGUAGCCAUGUUCGACUUUACCUGUAUGUAUGCUUCAGAAAACGCCGCACUGGUCAGAGAGCGGUUCGGACAUCAGCUGCUGGUGGCGCUGGUGGGAGAUAGUCUGCUGGAGCCUUUUUGGCCCAUGGGUACAGGGUGUGCCCGUGGCUUCUUGGCAGCCUUUGAUACAGCCUGGAUGAUCAAGAGCUGGGCACAAGGCAGAGGGCCACUGGAAGUGCUAGCUGAGAGGGAGAGUCUUUACCGACUGCUACCUCAAACAACACCUGAAAAUAUCGCCAAGAACUUUGAUCAGUACACCAUAGAUCCUGGAACACGUUAUCCCAACCUCAACUCCAACUGUGUCAGACCACACCAGGUCCGUAACUACUACAUGUGUGGUGAACUGAAGCCCUGCUCCUUGGAACGAGCUGCUACUAUACGGCGCCCAGUUAAUCUGGCACGACGAGGAUCUGAGAUCAGGCCCAGCAGGUUGUUGACGUGGUGUCAGAAGCAGACAGAGGGUUAUCGAGGCGUCAGUGUGACUGACCUGAGCUUAUCAUGGACCAGCGGCCUGGCGUUCUGCUCUCUUAUCCACCGCUUCAGAGCAGACCUCAUUGAUUAUGAUUCCCUGAACGAAGAAGACUCUGCUAAAAAUGUCCAGCUGGCAUUUGACACAGUGGAAAAGGAGUUUGGCAUCAAGCCGUUCACUACGGGCAAGGAGCUAGCAUCCGGCCAAGAGCCAGACAAAAACAGCAUGGUGACCUAUCUGUCCAAAUUUUACGAGCUCUUCAGGGGAACGCCUCUGCCAUCCUCAGAUUCGAGAAGAGAAACCGGAGGAAAUAAUGAGGAAUGCACUGAAAGACCUUCCCAACAUGUUUACAGAUCAAUGAGCUUCACACAGCCUCGAAAACGGAUCCCAAAGGACGACAAAAAGGUAGAAGAUAAUGAUUCUUUUUACAAACGAAGACGGAGGACAGUGUGCAGUUUUUUGGAACCGCCAAACAACCUCUCCAGUCAAAACACAGCAUCUGAGAGGCAGGAGCUGAAAGAGAAUAAAGUCAAAUUCAUGGCUUCUCAGCUACUGGCAAAGUUUGAGGAGAGCACUCCAAGCUGCACGCUGCGUAGGCAGCUUACCGCAAAUUUUCUGAGCCCUCCGAGAUCUCCAUCACUCGAUCCGACAGCUCUCCCACUCUUCGUAAAACCCAGGAAGAAAACCCCACCACCUCCACCUCCUAAAAAACAGAUCCAACCAUCAGCCUGCUCAGCUCCUCUCCUCCCCUUUCCCUUUAACAUCCCUCGGCACGAUUGCCAAAAUCUCACCCACCCUCCUCACACUCCACGCUCACACUCACACUCUAAGCCUACCGACACACACAGGCAACCCACAUCAGAGUCAGAGAAACCUGAAGCAGACCACGGUGCGUCCUGUCACUCUGCCAUACUGACCAUGAGAGCAAUGCUGCAGCGUCUGCAGCAAGUGGAGGAAAAGAUCAUCCAGAGGAAAGCGCAGACAGAAAACACUAGAGAGUUUCGUAGAAAAAGCAUAAAGGAGAAAGCCGUCCACUUGAGCUCUCUGUUCUCUGGUAACAACAUCAUACCACCUCAGCCUGAGGUACAGCCUUCUAAUAAAGGCAUUCAGAGAGACUGUCCGAAUGGCUCACAUAUGCCUGCAAUCAAUCUUCCUCAUUCCAGUUCGCUUUUACCUCCAUCACAAUGUUCUGCUACUUCCUCCUGUUCAUUCCCAUCCAGCAAACCUGAGCACUUAGGGAUGCUACUUUCUAAAAGAGAUACUAAAGGAGAAACCCAGAAUAACUCGCACGUGCGCACUGUUGGCAAGGUGUCUCUGGUGGUAGAAGCUCGGGCCGAGACGCUACUUAACCUCUAUGAGAACGAUCACAGGCCCAAAGACACCUGUUUAUCCUCACCGAAUUCCUUGCGGAGGGAAUUCCCCCAGCGCUCGGGUGAUGUGUGUUAUGCAUGCAAGAAGCGGGUGUACGUGGUGGAGCGCUUGAGUGCCGAGGGGCUGUUCUUCCACAGAGAGUGUUUCCGCUGUGAUACCUGUAGCGCUCCUUUAUGUCAGGGCGGACAGGCUUUCGACUCAGAACAGGGAAAGCUGUACUGCAAGCUCCAUUUCUCUCAGCGUAAAUGUGCUGUAAAGCGCGGCAGGAUAUUGGAGCCAGAGAUGCCAUCUGAAAGCACCAGCCAGACAAGCGCAGCCAGACAAGCCGAGAGUGACAGCGACUCUGCGCAGUCUCCAGGUACUUUGUCGUCUGUGCUGAGGAGAAGCCUGCUCUGGCCGCUGCACGUGAGCCGGGCUGUUUGUGCCACACCACGCCGUGUUUGUAACUGGCUGGGUGGGAAAGUUCAGUCUCUGGGCCAGCACCUCAGGGAAAACGUGGAUGACUACACCAUUUUGUAUGAGCUUCUGAGCGUGGGGUUGCCCCUGCUCGUGGCACUCUAUGAAAUCCUGCUGCAGAUGCAUGCCGAGACCGGACCUCUCGACCUGCAGCCCCUUCAGCAGUGGCUCGAGCAGCACCUGGGCCGUGGGUUCCUCACGUAGACCACUGGGUUCAAGUUUUUCAUCUUUACCCUCCGUUAUUGAAUAAAUUCUGUUCCAGCUCUCUGGAAACUGAUGGUUAGCUGAGAUUAACAAUAUUCUUGACUAGGACGCGAACGUUUUUGUUCACGUGACAUGCCGUAUGAACCUCGAGAUGAUUGCUGCUCAUACAUUUCCCUCGCCUGAAAGCUGGGAAUUGAACAGUUGGUCUUGGAACAACUUCUUUGCCGUUCUCAUGUUACAAAAGUUCUCAGAAUGAUAGAAAAAGGAAGGGCAGAAGGGAAACAUUUGAAAACUGAACUUUGAGCACUUUAAUGAGUGAGCUGCCUGGGAUUGUACCCAUGUAGGAUUGGGAGCAAUGUUUUCUGCAUGUUUUGUACAAUAACUUUUAAUCUAAAAUGAUUUGUGUGUGUGUGUGUGUGUGUGUGUGUGUGUGUGUGUUUGCUGCAAGUUCACUGACACAAAACUGAACUGAAUCUGCUUUUGGUCUCGUGCAAUGAACCUGUCAAACAAACAGGGUGUUAUCAUCUGAACCAUCCUCACAUUGUACUUACUGAUACCGAAUGUUUACAGAUUUCAUCAUGAGAUUCAAACGUCUGGUAGAUCUCUCUUAAUGCCUCUUCCUCCUAGUUCAUGGUUUGUGAAUUUCAAGUCAUUUUCCACAUUCCACUGCUGAAUCUGAUGAAAACAGCUCAACCCAGAUAGCAUGGUUGAGGUUUUUUUUUUUUCUUUUCUUUUCCGUAUCACAGACACAGAACUGUUAUGUGCUCACAUACUGGUGCCAUCUUUAAUUAGCUGACUUUGAGUUUUACAGGCUAGAGGAAGUUCCGAGCGUAUUGUAGACGCUCAGAUUUAUGAGUGUGGCACGUGGCAUGCUGAAAAUCACACACAGUCAAAUCGAAGAGGCACAUACUGUACAUGUUUUUGGAGACAGAUCGUUUUCGUUUUCAUUACAUUAUAUCAGGGGUGUCAAACUUCCUCACGUUACCAUGUCUGAUGUCAGGUGGGCCAAUUUAGGGAGGCACGGUGGCUUAGUGGUUAGCACAAUUGCCUCGCACCUCCAUGGUUGGGGGUUUGAUUCCUGCCUCCGACCCUGUGUGCUCUUAGUUUGCAUGUUCUCCCUGCACUUCAGGGGCUUCCUCCAGGUACUCUGAUUUCCUCCCCCAGUCCAAAGACAUGCAUCAUGAGCUGAUUGGCAUCUUUAAACUUGUACGCAGUGUGUGAAUGGGGGUGUGUGUGUGUGUGUGAUUGUGCCCUGUGAUGGGUUGGCACCCUGUCCAGGGAGUCCCCUGGGAUAGGCUCCAUGCUUCCUGUAACCCUGUGUAGCAUAAAAGGUACAGAAAAUGGCUGGAUGGAUAUAUUGGAAAAAGACCAGGCUAUGCUUGUCCAAUCAACUGUCCAGUUCUGGUGAGUCUGUAGCCUCAGAUUCUUGCUUUCAGCUGACUGAAGUGAAAACCAAUGCUGUUGCAGCACAAUCCGCCUAAAUAUUCAACGUGUUUUGAGAUGCUUUUCUGCUCACCACAGUUAUAAAGAGUGAUUAUUUGACUUACUGUAGACUUCCUGUCAGCUCAAACUGAUCUUGGUUAUUGUCCUCUAACUUUUCUCUCAUCAACAAGGCGUUUCCAUCCAAAGAACUGCUCCUUACAGAUGUGUUUUGUUUAUUUAAUUUUUUUGCACCAUUCUGUGUGAAUGUUGUGUGAGAAAAUCUCCCAGGAGAUCAGCAGUUUCUAAAAUGCCUAUCAAACCAGACCAUCAUACCACGGUCCAAAUCACUGAGAUCAUUAACUGAGGCGCUUGUACGUGCUUGUAUGCGAAACCCAGUUCACCUGGAACUGAAUUGGGUUCGCAUGUUUUGAACAGAGAAAUGCUUGACAAGGAUCUCGCUAAUGAGGAAUGACGUAUCGUUGGCACAUUUUAUUCUGAGUUUGUUGCUCUAAUUGACCUCCCUAGUCGAAAAACAGCGCCGAGCCCUUUUUAUUUCAAGUCUUCCACUCUAAUUACGGCCCACGAUGCAAUUUUAAUCUACAACGCGACUCCUAAAUUCAUUUGCGCCGUAUGUUUGACACCCCUGCAUUAUAUAAUAGUGUUAAUAGACUGUUUUGUGUGCAGUCUGAACGCACUGAACAUUCUACAACUCGACCUGUUUUCUAUGGAGAUUUGUAUUUUUAUACACUGGAAGGUAUAUUUUGUACUGUUCCGUUAUGUAGCUUUCUCUUCCUUAGUUUGUGUUUCAUUUCUUAUACGGUGUACAUUGUUAAAGACAAGGCAUUGACACAAAAUGCACCAAAAAAAAAAUGCAUGUUAUUAAUCUCACACUGUGUAGUCUGAUUUGAUCUGCUUCCUAGUUCAAAUUUCUUCUUUUUCCUGUUAUUCACUUGUAGUCUUUCUCGACCUGUCUGCUGUGUCCACCCCUGACAUGCUCUGAGUCAUUGAUACACUCAAGGUGACCACCUACACGCUCCCAUGACGCAGUGCUCAGUGGUGUGUCCAUAAAGCAUGACAGCAUGCGCACGUGCACUGUAUAAGUAGUGGAUGUGAUAUCUCGUGCAUGGAAAAUGUACCUGAGAUACACCAGGUCUUAACAGCUAAUUUCCUGUCUGCAGGGUUUGUUUAUUGUCUGCGUUUAUCAGUGAUUGCACAGCAGAGUUACGGAGUUGUGUUUGGAUCUGCAUCUGAUGUGUCAUUGCUGGGAAAGGCAUGCUCGUAAGACAUGGCACUCCCUUUUAGCUUUUGGACUUUACUACAAGUCAUGACUAACAGGAAUGUUCUUCCUGUGUUUUUCCACAGAGCAUCUUCACUACACAUUUUUUAAUUAAUUCUUCUGUUUCAAAGGCGUCUCUCAUCAACGAAACCCAUCAACAGAUCUUUUGUGCCUCGUAACAUGCGAAGGACGUUUAGUUAGAAUAGCACCUUUUACCCGACAUGUUGCAAAACUGUAUUAACAAAACAUUUUUUUGCUUUAUUUAUGCCAAGCCAUACGCAUUUAAUAAAUGACACGAGCGACCUGAA